UUUGUUUAGUUUUUUCGCGCAUUUUGUAAACGAAACAAUCGGAACAGUUUGAGGUGAUUAUCGAUUAAUUUUUCGAUUGAUGACUAAUUAAGUGAAUAAACAUUGGCAAUCAGUGUGAAUGAAUGGAUGUGGUAGCGGGUUUUCAAUGUUAGUUCUUCACGCGAGUUGGUGCGCUAUUAGGCCGAGUGUGAUCAACAAACAGAAGGAAAAACAUUUUCGGAAAAUUUUCGAACUUGAAUGGCAUCGGUGCGGCUCAUCGUGAAGAUGAUCUUGGUCAUUUGGUGAGAAGUUCGAUAAUUAGCCAACUGAACUUAAGUACUUUAAAACGGGUGAGAGAUUGAAUAGGAAAAUGGUUGGAAAAAUUGACUAUUCGGGUGUCCCAACUACGGUGGACCUCGAGAACAACACCAACCAGAAAAAAUACACAGUCAAUAGGCCAAAAGGCAAAAGUUUGGUCAUAUCGAGAGCACUCUGUACAUUAAUGGCAAUAGGAGCGCUUUUGCUGGCUGUUUUAGUAGGCCUAGUCGUAUUUUUCUUAGUUCCUAGAGGUUGUAGUGCAGACUCAAACAAUGCUGUUGGCUCUCUAGUCCGAAAAGAAAAUGUUAAAUUAGCCACAAGUCCAGAAGAUGAAAUUGAUGAAAGGCUCCCGAGGAGUAUUAAGCCCGUCCAAUACAUGAUACAACUUAAACCGGAUUUUCAUAACUCAACAACUGAUGGCUUGGAAAUGAUUACUCUAGUCCCAUCGGAAGACACAGAUACCAUCAUCUUCCAUGUAAAUAAAAUCCACAUUCGAGAGGAUUCGGUUACGGUGAAGCCGACAGAAAAAUCAGAAGCGGUUUUUCUAGAGUCGUUAUCAAUUUCAUCACAAGAGCAUCUGGAAGGCGAAAGAUACGAAAUUGUGUUGGAUGAUCAGCUAAAGAAAGGCAAAAGCUAUGUUCUCACUUUGCAAUUUCAGGGAGAACUGAAUAGUCAUCUACAAGGAUUUUAUCAAAGCCACUACACAACUUUAUCAGGAGAUUCCAGGUUUGCUGCAAGCACGCAAUUUUCACCCACAGACGCAAGACGUGCAUUUCCGUGCUUUGAUGAUCCGUCAUUUAAAGCGAAAUUUAAAAUAAGACUUGCAAGACCUGCAAAUAUGUCUUCACUAUCAAACAUGCCUCUUGAGAGAAGCGAAAUGUUCGAGACGGCACAAGGCACAUGGUUUUGGGACAACUACCCAGAAACACCGGAAAUGUCCACUUAUUUAGUGGCUUUCAUCAUUAGUGAGCUAACACAGCUACAAUCCACAGACGAUUUAAUCAAAAUCUGGGCAAGACGAGAGUUUCUGACCCAAACUGAUUAUGCUGGAAAAGUGGCACCAAGCAUUCUCAGAUACUUUGAAAAUUACUUCAGAGCCGACUUUCCUUUAAAGAAAAUUGACAUAGUUGCGAUUCCAGAAUUCGGCUUCAGUGCCAUGGAAAAUUGGGGAUUGUUAACGUUCAGAGAGAGUAGCCUUCUUUUCGACAACUUCAGUUCAACUGUUGAGGACAAGCGAACAGUCGCGACCGUUCUGUCGCAUGAAUUAGCACAUCAGUGGUUUGGAAAUCUUGUUACCCCAAAGUGGUGGAAUGACUUGUGGCUGAAGGAAGGUUUUGCCACUUACUUACAGUAUUUAGGAGUUGCCCAUGCUGAACCAUCAUGGAACAUUCUGGAUGAAUUCCUUCCAAGUGAAAUCGAACGGGCCAUGUCCUUGGACGCCUUGGAAUCCUCGAGACCAAUCAGCUUUGAUGUGUGCAACAGUAUGCAAAUCAAGCAAGCCUUCGAUGAAAUAUCUUACGCAAAAGGUGCCUGCAUAAUAAGAAUGAUGAACAAUUUCCUUGGAGAAGAGACGUUUAAAAAUGGCCUAAUCAAAUAUUUGCAGAAAUUCAAAUACAGCAAUGCCAAUCGCAAUGAUCUGUUCACCAGUCUCACUGAAGAAGCUCGUUUAAGGAACGUUUUGGGAGCAGGCGAAUCUGUUAAACAAAUUAUGGAUACUUGGACCGAACAAGCAGGGUUUCCUGUCAUCAAUGUUGCUCCAGAUUACAGCAGAAACACGUUAAAACUUGUUCAGAAAAGAUUCUUUCUGACUCAAUCGGACUCCAAAGAUAAAUUCCUAUGGUGGCUGCCCAUUUCCUUUACUUCCAGUGUCUCGCCUAACUUUAUAUCCACCACACCUAAAUUCUGGAUGAGAGGCGAAGAGGAGAUUGUGGAAGAAGUUGGUCCCAUUGGGGAAUGGUAUCUUUUGAACCUGAACCACACCGGAUAUUAUAUUGUGAAUUACGACGAACACAACUGGAAACAACUUAUAGACCAUCUGAUGGAUUUCACUCCAAUUACUUGGGCGCAACUAAUCAGCAACGCAAUGGAUCUGGCUAGAGCGAAUCAACUGGAUUACGAAAUACCUCUUAAAUUAAUUGCAAGAAUGGGAAUACAAGACUCUGCUAUUAUGUUCGUGCCAACAGCUGUAGCAUUUGGAAAACUGCAAUUUCUCAGUGAUAUUUUGCAUGAUACUCCAGUAUUUGGCAUAUUUGAAGAAUAUCACAAAGCAGUUUUUAAAAUGGCAUACGAUAUUGUGGACUUUAACGACAACAUCGACCAUUAUCUCACUAGGAGAAUAAGGCACACUGUUUUGGAAUGGUCCUGUCGAAGUCCUGAAUCCAGAUGCGUUCACGAAUCUCGAUCGCAGUUCCGCGCUUGGAUGACCAAUGGGAAAACAAUUCUCCCGAAUCUUCGAUCAGUGAUUUAUUGCACAGCAAUCAGAGAAGGCUCAGAUAUCGAAUGGGACUUUGCCUAUAAGAAAUAUCUGGAAACCAGCUCACCGACUGAAAAAAAUGUUUUGCUGGAUGCCUUGGGAUGCACCAAGUUGAAAUGGCUUCUCUCAAGAUAUUUGGAUAAACUAAUUGAUGGUUAUAGUAUCAGGAUCCAAGAUGCGGGUAGAGUGUUUGAGUCAAUCGCUAAAAACAAAGAAGGGACUCAGAUCGCUUUCGAUUUUCUUAGAAAGCACUGGAAUUAUAUGUUAGAGCAUUAUGGGGAUGGUUUCAAUAUUUUGGGUAAAAUGGUGCAGGCGUUGACUGUGCAUAUGAACACAGAAUUCCAACUUGAAGAAUUGGAAAGGUUCAGAGACAGUAUCAAAGCCAACAUCAGCACAACGACCAGAGCGUUUGAUAGUGCAAUCGAACGGGUAAAAGGCAACGUAGAGUGGAUGCGGAAAAAUUACAAGCAGGUUGAAGAUUGGCUAACAAAGCACCAAGAGCAAUUUAUGUACCUUUAAAUGUAGAUUCUUUAUAGAUUAGAAAAUUCUCGUAUGUUAGUAACAACUGGACUUUAUAUUAAUUUUUUCGCUCGUAUAUUAAAAGCCGUUAUUUUUUUUUUACUUCUAGCAAUAACCACACGACAUUGAGACAAUUCAUUUAAUUAAUUAGUUGACUGCAACCAUAUCCAAAAACUUUCAGUUCAAAUAGAAAGUUUAAUCGCCCUUAGUGAAUUCUAGUGCCUUAAUUCUAAACAAAUAGGUCUCAGUAUUUUUAUUUUAGCUUUCACGCACUAUGGUUUUGUGAUACUCUUACUUAUAUAUUUAUAUAUUGUAGAACAAUUUUUUUAGAUUUUCUUUUUAUAACGAAUACGCAGCCCUAGGCGAAUAGAGUACCUAGAAGGCCCUUGACACGUUUGUGUCGUUUUUAAUCUAAUUUAUAGUCUUAACUAUGUACAUUUUUUAAGAAAAACAUAUUUUUAUUAACACACCCAAUUGUUCUGUAUAAUGGAUUGUAGUUGAAGGAUAUACAUGCAAUAAGUACAGCAUAGAUAUUACUAGUGUAAGUAACGUAAUAUAUUACCUUAGAAGUAAAUGGAUAA